UACAGUUUAUGUUAUUUACGUUUCAUUAGAAGCUGAGAUGGCGAGUAAACUGUCUAUUCGAAAGGCACAGGUACACGUGCCGGACACGUGUGCGUGGUGUGAUAGUGUACAGGACGUGAACUGGUACUGUAAUGACUGUCAGGAGGCUUUGUGUGAUAAAUGUAAGGAGACUCAUCAGCGCGCGAGGAGGACAAGAAAUGACGACGUUGUACCGAUAAAACAGGCAAACAAAACCCGCCAGGCGGUACUACCAGAGGCAUGUAAGGUACACCCCGGUAAAACAUGCGAUCUGUUCUGUACAGAGUGUAACGUCGCCAUUUGUUCAAUGUGUUUUACACAGAAACAUAAACAGCAUGCAUUCAAACAUUUUGAAGACGAAAUUAACACCCAGAAACAUAACAUGCGUGAGAAGUUGGAAACGUUAAAAUUCAAGUUAGAUCAGCUCAAUGAGAAGUUAUCACACCGUCGGCAAAAGAGUAAAACAUUCAAAGAAAGUGUCGAUAUUAUCUGUAAAGAUGUCAAAGAGCGAGGAACAAAGCUGAAGGCAGAAAUAGAUUCUAUAGUGGACAAUGUCCUUACUGAAUUAUCAUCACUGGUUGCUGAAGAAGACAAACUCCUUAAAGAGGAUUGUGAACAUGGUGAUAAAAGUGUCAAACAAAUAAAGCAGCUGAUCGAAGAAGUGGAGCAGCUGUCGGAAAAUCCAUCAGGUGGAACUUUGUUUGAGCUGACGAGGAGACUUAGGACUACUAUACCGCUUUAUGACGUUACUGGUACGAGUACACAUCCAUACCUACCAAGUUUUGAAACCGGACAAAUUGAUACAGAACAGUUGACAAAAAUGAUCGGAUUUGUUAAGGUCGGGAGUAGGAAGGAUUCAACGCCUACAUACGAGAAGAAGGAUAUCAAUAAUCAACAUGUCCGAAAACUUACUUCAUUCCAAACCCCUACAAAACUGUCCAUAGUAUCCAUAUGUCCAAUAGACGACAUCUAUGCAUGGAUAUCAAUGUUUCUUUCUAUGGACUUGCUCCGAGUCACUAAAAAGGGAAACGUCACGGAGACUGUGAAGCUUGAUUUUGCACCUCGGAGUAUAGCUUUGACCAACUCUGGACUACUGAUGACUCGAACGGAUCAGUCACCGUUGAUAAACAAACUGUCUGAGGACAGACGAGUGACGACCUUUGCCGACAUUAGUCCAUUAAAGGCCUGGUUUAUCAAUGUUAGUGACACAGACGAGGUGUUCGUUAGUACUGGUACUACAACAAUACUGGUACUAAACAUGUCUGGGGACAAGGUUAGACAAAUCUCGUGUGGACAGGGUGGGAGCUUUAUAGCUAGUUUGACCGGAGGGAAUGUCGCGGUUAUCACUAGAGGUAUUGACUGUACUGAACUGAAUAUCAUCAACAAAUCAGGACAGAUCAUAUACACGUGGAGUGGAGAACUGGACAGUGGUCAGAAACUAUGA